AUGUCCAACAUCACCAUCCAGCCAGCGACGCAUGAUGAGAUCACCGCCAUCGUGGAAUUCAUAACAAAGGCCCGAGCGGACAUGUUCCCGUUCCUCGACCAAUCAUCCAGCGAUCAGAUGGCCCAGAAAGAACUCGGCAUUUUCAAGGACAGAUAUCUUGACCAUCCUCAAGGCGCGUUUCUAACAGCUUAUUCCGAGGGGCGCCUGAUUGCGACAAUUGGCUACGCUGCGUACGAUGGGCGCUUCUCACAUUUGACUCUCGAACCCGAGAAUGUCGUCGAGGUACUGAGGUUAUACGUUGAGCCUGAAUGGCGUCGCGCAGGGAUAGCUUCCAAGCUGUUUGACACGCUAGUCGAAACAGCUUGGCAAUCUGGCAUCAAGCAGCUUUACCUGCAUACGCAUCCCUUCCUACCAAACGCGAUCGACUUCUGGAAAGGAAAAGGCUUCUCGAUUCUUACGGUAGAAGAAGAUCCAGUCUGGCAAACGACACAUAUGAAACGGUCGCUCUAG